AUGAAAUGGGUCGUCGAAUCAUCUCCGGUGGCUAUCACUAGGCGGAGCAGAAAAAUGGCGACUUUGUGGCUCUCCAACGGCUAUCACUCAAUGGAGAAGAGUUGGAUGGAGGUGGAGCGCAUGUUAGGGAGCUUCAUCCUCAGAUCCACAUAGCAAGAAGAGGCUCUUCAUUGCAUCUGGUACGCCCUCAAGAGGUGACGACUCAUCUCCUAGCAGAUUGUCCUCUUCCCAACGAUGCCUUAUUCGUCAAUCAAUCAGAGAUGUCUUACUCGAUAGAUUUGCAAUCCUUUUAUCGUGAAUCAUUCAGUAAUUUUAGUAACAAUGCUCCGCAAAUUACAUUGACGAGAUUUUCGUCGAUGAUCUAGUGAUUUUGGUUGCUUAAUCCUUCACCGGCAAUCUACAAGAAAGUCACAAUAAUCAGAUAAAAAAUAAUGAGUUUUGGCUCUGGGAGGAUUCGAACUAGUGUCGGUCGCCUGCCCUUUCUAGGGAAGGUGAUGUGGGUAUAGUCCCACAUCACUUGUGCGCCAAAUUUUUGGGUGAAUAUAUAGUAAUAUUACAUUUCCAAUCAAGUCCCUUUCUCGCACGUAUAUGACCACUCCUUGUCCCACAGUCGGCUAGCCACCGGUGACAUGGAAGGGGAGUGGUGCACACGUGCCCCCAUCGGUCCAAGCCACUCAAGCCCCUACUCAUGGCUACUCCCGGAUUGCACUUCCAACCUGCUUGUGAGCCUGGCUGGCCGGUGGGUUCCCCCAUUUUGUAAUAUUUUUAUUUUUAUUUCUUUUUCUUCAUUUAUCACAAAAGUAAGAUUGUAAAAUCAUAUAAAUUCGUAUAAAAUCACAUAAUUAUUCAAAAAUUCACAUUAAUCGACUAAAAACCACUUUUCACACUUUAACACAAAUAUAAGUCUAUUUAUCAUGAGUUAAAGCGAAAACUAUAUUAUUUACUAAUUAUUAACUCAUGAUAAUGAAGACUUAUCAUAUGCCUUUUCCUCUAGUAAAUCUAGUCUGUUAAUCUAUAGAUCAAUAGUUUAAAUUUUGAGGGAGUCUGAGAUAGCACUGGCAUCGCCUCGAUCUCUAGGACCAAGAUAGCAGCACCGGUUGUCGGUUUCGAUUUUUUGACUGUUUCUUGGCCGAAAGCAUGCCUCUUCUAUUAGUUUCUCAUCAGCCGAACAUCAGUCCACCGAUGAAAAUGAUGAUUUACUCAUCAACAAAGCAUCAAAAUAAAAUGAUCAACAAGGGAAAGCUGUAAAUCAGGAAAAUAUGAUUCUACUGAUAUAAGGAUAUUAUAUUUCAGCCAAGUAAAUUAGUAGAUAUUACCCCAAGAAUACAACAUUCUGAAAAAUACCUCUCGAGGGAGAAAUUACGAAACCAAGAGCAUCAAUCAACCAUUUUCCACUUUUGGUGGCUCGAUGCUGAUGGUUUCUGACCUUAAAAAUUGAAUGAAAUAGGUUUCAGCAAAAUCCUAGGUCACACGAGAGAGAUCUCACUAUUUGAAUGCGAUGUUGAUGAGAGAGAAGCUCCUAUGAGGAGAGAGAAAAAAGUUGAGUAAAUAAAAUUUCUUAGAGCAUUGUUACUAAAAUUUCUGAAUGAUUUGUGAUAAAAAGAUUCUGAAUCCAUCGAGUAAAGCAUCUUCGAUUGAUUGACAAACAAGUCGUCGUUAAGAGGAUGAUCUGCUAAGAGAUGAGUCACCACUUCUUGAGAGCAUAUCAGAUGUGAUGAAAAGCCUCUUCUUGCUAUAUAGACUUGAUGAUGAAGCUCCUUAAAACACACCCCACCUCCAUUCAGAUCCUCUCCGUCAGUGCUAGCUGUCAGAAAGCCGCAAAGUCACCAUUUUUCCACUCUACUAAGUGAUAGUCGCUAGAGAUGAUUUAACGACCUAUUUCACUGAUCUCUAGACUACACAAGAAGAUCUAGAGAUUGCUUAUCUUUGUCCAAGGAGAGCCUUCAAAGCUGUGGAUACUACAUGAUGGUCCUUUUGAAUGCUUAAGAUUUUGAUACAUUACUGAUGCAUCGCCGCGUGAUACCGGAACUUUAUUUUCCUACUUUCAACUUUAUUUAUGCUUCAUUUAGUAAUAAUUUAUGUGAUUUAAAUUUACCAAGCUGUACUUCAUUCAAUUACGAUUCUUUUGACUUUUACAAAUCUUAAUUUGAUCAAUUAAAUUGUCUAUAAUUACUUACGUAAGAAUCGCUAGGUAGAACUCUAUUUCCGUUCGAUUCUCAUUUGUCGAGUGUUGACAUCAUUUUGACAUCCACACCCUUAUUUCUUUUUUUUCAUAAAUUUUAAAUAUAUUUUAUUUUCAUUUCAUAGUGUAAAAUUUAUAAAAAAAUUAUAUUCUUUGAGUAAAAUUAGAAAAAAUACUCGAUAUUAUAUUGCAUCCCUAUGAUUGACUUGGAAAAUUAACACUAAUUUUAGAAGUUUUAUUAAAUUAUAAUUGAUACAUUUGUUUAAAAAUAUUUCUAAAUAUCUAAAAAUUAGUAUUUUCUAGUUUAUAAAUUUUAUAUUUUUGUGAUUUAUUAUACAAUGACUAAGUCACAUCAGAAUGCCUCCUAACCCUCAAUUUAAUUGUAAUAGUAUAUGUCUUAUGUAUGAUAAAAAUACUCAUUUUGAUUUUCAAUGCUAUAAUUUAGAUCAAUCAUUUCACCUUAUGUAAGAACAAGUACAAGUAGCCCACAAUUUUAAUAGAUAUAGGGAGCUUUUUUCUAAUUCUUAUAAUUUUAAUUAAAAGAAUUCAGAAUUUAAAUCUAAUUAGAUAAUAUUCAAAAUCUAAAAAUACUUUGACCCAAUUGAAAUUUUGAAUUUUGUCUAAAAUAGGAAAAUAGAUUUUAAAAAAAUCAGCCCUCUCAAGCCCAACCUAAUGGUAUGAAAAUGGUGCAUAAAAUGAGCCAAAUAAUGUAACAAAUUAUGAAUCAAAUGACAUUGUAGUAAAAGCAAAUUAUAGAGGCUCUUAAGAAUAAGAGAGAAGAGCAAUAACAACCUAGUUAACCUUUAAAAAAUUGUCCAACAAUAGGAUUUCAACAAGGCAAGUCUAGUAACAUGAAUCUUGAAAAACUCCUACAAAAUAAAAAUGUUAGGUGACACGACUCAGUCAUUGUAUAGUAAAUCACGUAAAUUUAAAAUUUAUAAAACUAGAAAAUAUUAAUUUUCAAAUAUUUAGAAAUAUUUAUGAACAAAUAUAUCAAUUAUAAUUUAAUAAAACUUUCAAAAAUAGUAAUAAUUUUUCAGAUCAAUCAUAGAGAUGUAAUAUAAUAUCUGGUAACUAUUUAGAAUUUUCCUUAGAGAAUACUAUUUUAUAUAAAUUUUAUACUAGGAAAUGAAAAGAAAAUAUAUUUAAAAUUCACAGAAAAAGAAAAUAAGGGUGCGGACGUCAAGAUGACAUCAACAUCUCAUGAACAUGAAUCAGACGAAUACAGGGUUCCACUUGACAAUUCUGACGUAAGUAAUUACAAAUGAUUUAAUUGAUCAAAUUAAGAUCUAUAAAAGCCAAAAGAAUCAUAAUAAAAUGAAGUGUAUCUUGGUAAAUUUAAAAUAAAUAAAUUAUCACUUAAUGAAAUAGAAAUUAAGUUGAAAGUAGGAAAAUAGAGUUUUAGCAUCGUGGUGAUGAUGCACUGGAAUCUUGAGCAUUCAAGAGGAAUGUCGUGUAGUGUCUAUAGCUUUGAAGGCUCUCCUUGAACAAGGACGACGUGGGCAAUCUCUAGAUCUCCUUGCGAAGUCUAAAGAUCAAUAAAAUGAGUCAUCGAAUCGUCUCUGACAACUAUCACCUGACAGAGUAGAAAAGUGGUGACUUUUCAACUCUCUGAUUGCUGUCACCUAAUGAAGAGGAGCGAGAUGGAGGUGGGGCGCAUAUCAGGAAGCUUCAUCCUCAGGUUCACACAACAAAAGAAGGCUUUUCAUUGCAUCCGUUAUGCUUUUAAGAGGUGGCGACUCAUCUCUCGACAGAUCCUCCUCUUCCCAACGACGACUUAUUUGUUGAUUAAUCAGAGAUGCCUUACUCGAUGGAUUCGCGAUCCUUUUAUUAUGAAUUGUUCAACAAUUUUAGUAGCAAUACUCUACGAAUCGCGUUGACGAAAUUUUUGUCGAUGAUCCAAUGAUUUUAGUAUCAAUUUGAUGCAAGACGGGGCGAGAACCCUUGUACUUGAUCAAUGAAACUCAAGAUCUAGGAUGGGUAGUCGGACCGAUCCGAUCAGAAUGUAUGGACCCUAGACUCUAGGUCUGACCACAUAAACUAAGUACAAGCAGGCAUACCAAUACGCAUGAUCAACCUAGGACAACCUGGAGAAACACUCGACGAUGGUAAGUGUGAGGACCUCUUGGUCCACGUCAAGACAGACGGCAGAAUAGUCGUUGUGAAGUAGCCUAGGGCUGUAGCUCACAAACAGUGAUGAAUCUGGUGCAGCGUCAGAAGUCAUGAUUCGAUAAUUGUCCUAUCGUAUCUACGUUCUCUUGAUGGUGGUGGAGAUGAGUCGAGGAAACACUUUGAGAGAUAAUUAAACUUAAGAGAAAGGGGUACAAAGCUAACCUUCGGGCCUGCAUAGCCUGGCAAGUUGUGAUAGAGCAGAGAUUCGAUGAAGGCAGAGACGUCCAGUGAAGAGCGAUGCUCAGCAUCGACGGUUGGUCUUGGUCGAGAGUCGCGGAAGUCAUCAUUUUAGGGUGUGACACAGUCGGUGUGGGCGUGAGCCUAUAGGUGGGCCAAAGGGCACGCUAGUGGGUGUGGGCCUGCUGGUGGGCCAAAGGGCAUGCUAGCAGGCAUGGGCCCGCUGGUGGGUGAUAAGUCUUCAUUAUCAUGAGUUAAUAAUUAGUAAAUAAUAUAGUUUUAGCCUUAACUCAUGAUAAAUAGACUUAUAUUUGUGUUAAAGCAUGAAAAGUGGUUUUCAGUUGAUUAACGUGAAUUUUUGGGUAAUUAUGUGAUUUUAUACGAUUUUUACAGUCUUAGUUUUGAGAUAAAUGAAGAACAAGAAAUAAAAAUAAAAAUAUUGCAAAAUGAGGGAAUCCGCCGGCCAGCCGGGCCCGCAAGCGAGUCGGAAGCGCAGUCGGGGAGUAGCCGCGAGCGGGGGCUCGAGCGGCUUGCUUGGAUCGAUAGGGGCACGUGUGCGCCAAUCCCCUUCCACGUCACCGGUGGUCAGCCGGCUGUGGGGCAAGGAGUGGUCGCACACGCGAGAGGACUUUGCCUACAAAGCUAACUUUACUAUAUAUUCGCCCGAAUAAUCCGCGCACAACCGAUGUGGGACUAAAUCCGCCUUGUAAGGCGCGGGCGACCGCCGCGGGUUUGAAUCCUCCCAGAGUCAAAAUUCAUAUAUUUUUAACUGAUUAUCGCGACUUUCCUGCAGAUCGCCGGUGAAGGAUUAAGCAACCGGAAUCGCUGGAUCAUCGGCGAAAAUCUCGUCAACGCAAUUCGCGGAGCAUUGCUACUAAAAUUUCUGAACGAUUCGCGAUAAAAGGACCGCAAUCCAUCGAGUAAAUGAUCUCCGAUUGAUCGACGAACAAGCCGUCGUCGGGAAGAGGACGAUCCGCCGGGAGACCAGUCGCCACCUCCUGAGAGCGUACCAGAUGCGAUGAAGAGCCUCCUCUUGCUGCGCGGACCUGAGGAUGAAGCUCCCUAACACGCGCCUCACCUCCAUCCAGCCCCUCUCCGUAGGGUGACAGCCGCCGGAGAGCCGCAAAGUCGCCGUUUUUCCGCUCCGCCGGGUGACAGCUGCCGGAGACGAUUCGACGACCCACUUCAUUGGUCUCUAGACUUCGCGAGAAGAUCUAGAGAUUGCCCACGUCGUCUUUGUCCAAGGAGAGCCUUCGAGGCCGUGGACACUGCACGACGACCCUCCCGAACGCUCAGGAUUCCGGUGCAUCGCCGACGCGUCGCCGUCGCGACGCCGGAACUCUGUUUUCCUGCUUUAUCUAGAGAUUGCUCACGUCGUCUUUGUCUAAGGAGAGCCUUCGAGGCCGUGGACACUGCACGACGAUCCUCCCGAAUGCUCAGGAUUCUGGUGCAUCACCGACGCAUCGCCGUCGCGACGCCGGAACUCUGUUUUCCUGCUUUCAAUUUAAUUUACGCUUCAUUUAGUGAUACUUUGUUGAUUUUUAUUUACCAAACUAUACUUCGUUCAAUUACGAUUCUUCCGGCUUUUACAGAUCUUAAUUUGAUUAAUUGAGUCGUCUGUAAUCGCCUACGUAAGAAUCGCCGGGCGGAACUGUGUUUCCGCCUGAUUCGCGUUCGCCGGGCGCUGACGUCAUCCUGACGUCCGCACCCUUAUUUCCUCUUUUUUUGUGAAUUUUAAAUAUAUUUCCUUUUUAUUUCCUAGUAUAAAAUUCGUAAGAAAAUCUUACUCAUUGAGAAAAAUUCUGAAUAAUUACCAGAUAUUAUAUUACAUCCCUGUGAUCGACCUGGAAAAUUACCGCUAUUUUUGGAAUUUUUAUUGAAUUAUAAUUGAUAUAUUUAUUUAGAAAUACUUCUAAAUAUCCGAAAAUUCGUAUUUUCUAGUUUUAUAAAUUUAAUAUUUGCGUGAUUUAACAUACAACGACUGAGUCACGUCAAAUUUUGGCGCCGUUGCCGGGGAUGUAUUGCAUAAUAUUUAGUAUUUUUCUGUUUUUCUCUUAGAGUACACAAAAAAAACUUUACUCUUGUUUUAUUUUCUUUUUGCCGAUUUUUAUUAGAAAAAGGGAACGAAAAGAAGCGCGGCAAGGACUGGAGCAUCCUGAAGGAGGGUAACAGUUACUAACUUUUUCCCUCGAAUUUAUUGAUUUUUAUGCAUGGUAGAAGAUCCUUGCAUCCAAGGCUAGAAAAUCCUUUCAUUAUUUCAUUCAAAAAUAAAAAUUCGAAAGAAAAAUUAAUUUUGAUGGAUCCUGAAGGAAGUACAGGUCAAACUGAGAACAAUCCUAUGGCCAUGAAAAAUCAUUAUAUCCCUGAUUCAUUUCAAAGAGCAUCUAAUAUUAGAGUCCCAUUAGCACCCACUGUUAAAUUCGAAAUAAAUCUAGGAAUUUUUCAAAUACUCCCUAAUUUUCAUGGAUUGCCUUUAGAGGAACCUCAUCAGCACUUAGAAAAAUUUCAUAUGGUCUGUGAUUUAGUUAAUCUCCCUCAAGUUACACCAGAAAUCAUUAAGAUGAAAUUAUUCCCUCAUACACUUAGGGACAAAGCUAGUCAUUGGCUAUCCACAUUGGAUAGAGAAUUAACUAGCUGGAAAGAUAUAGAACAGGCCUUUCUUCGAAAAUUUUAUCCCUUAGGAAAAACUCAAAAUAUGAGAAAACAUAUAUGGAGUUUUUCUCAAAGACCAGGAGAAACUUUGCAUGAGACAUGGGAAAAAUUCAAAGAUUUACUUAGAAAGUGUCCUCAUCAUGCUAUACCCAAGUGGCAGCUCAAUAGAAUUUUUUAUGAUGGAUUAUUAGAACAACAUAGAAAUAUGGUUGAUUCUAUAUGUGGAGGAGCUUUUAUGGAGAAAACUCUUGAUGAGAUUUACAGUCUUUAUGAGAAUUUAAGUGAAAAUUCUAGAGAUCAAGCCUCUUUUGAAUUAUAUGACAAGGAAAUGAAGAGAGAAAUUUAUGAAUUGCAUCAUGAUGAUGAUUCUAAACUUAGAAAUGAGGUUAAUCAGAUUAAUCAAAGAUUAGAAAAAAUUGAUUUACUUAUUGAUAAUAUUAGAAAGCCUUUUAACCCUCAACUUAAUUCGAAUAGUACAUGUCCUAUGUAUGGUGAAAAUGAUUAUUCUGAACUUCAAUGUUAUAAUUUAGAUCAAUCAUUUCACCCUAUGCGAGAACAAGUGCAAGUAGCUCACGGUUUUAAUAGAAAUAGGGAAAAUUUUUCAAAUUCUUAUAAUCCUAAUUGGAGGAAUAAUUUUUCAUGGAGAGACCCAAAUAAUAUUCAAAAUCCAGAAGCACUUAGACCCAAUUCAAACUCUGAAUUUCGUCCAAAACAAGAAAAUGGAUUUCAGAAAAAUCAGCCCUCUCAAACCCAACCUGAUGCUAUGGAAAUGAUGCAGCAAAUGAGCCAAAUGAUGCAACAAACUAUGAAUCAAAUGAUGCAACAAAUGAUGCAGCACCAGAAACAAAUUAUAGAGGCUCUUGAGAAUAAGAGAGAAGAGGGACAGCUACCUAGUCAGCCCAUAGAAAAUUCAGAAAACUGUCCAACAGUAAGAUUUCAGCAAGAAGAGUCUAGCUGGAUAAAUUUAGAAAAAAACCCACGAAAUGAAAAUGUUAGGACAGUGAAUAUAUUGAGUGAGAAUAUUUUACCUGAACCUUAUUUCCAAUUAUUAGAAGAAAUUGAUGAUCCAUUAGAAGUAAAUGAGAAUAUUAAGGCCAAAAAUGUAGUAGCAGAAAGUUUGAAUAAAAUCAUUUAUUGCUCACAAUUGAUGAAUGAAUAUAGUGAGGAUGAUGAGGAGAAAGAACCCUUAGAUGAAGAAACAGCAACUGAUCAUAGAAAAAUCAUCCAAAUUUUAGUAGAAGGGAGUAAGGACAGAAAUGAAGAAAAAUAUAUUUCAAGUGAGGAAAAAUCAACUGAUUUGGGAGAUGUAGGAGAUGAAAUUAAUGAAUCUAAUCAUAAUUUUGCAGCCAUGGAUGUUGAUUGUGAGGAUGAUGAUGUAUAUCAUAUACCAAAAUUUAAAGAUAGCUCUUGGGAAGAUGAAGAAUUUGAUGAGUUGAGAAACGAAAAGCUAGAAAAAGAAUUGAUUGAACUAAUGGGAACAAGCGAAAAUAAUAGAUAUGAAUAUAGAGAUAAUUUUGGAGGAGAAAAUUUGAAUUUUACUGAAUUCAUUAGAUCUGAGAUUAAAGAAGACAAUCCUUCCAUCUUUCAAAGCCCACAGCCCAUUAGAAUUAUUUCUAAGCUUGAAAUAUUUCACUCCUCGCAAAUUGAACAAAUAUGUAUGGAAGAUAAAAUGGAGCAGGGGAAGAUUAUGCAGAUAAAAGAAGACAUUAAGAAAUGGGUGAGUGGAAGAAUUAGAGAUACCAAUUUAGAUGAAAAAGUUCUAGAUUGGGCAAGAGCUAAUCUGAAAAUUAUAUGGCCUGAUCACAUUUUAUGGUUUAUUAAUAGAAAGUAUUUAUUAAUGAAUGAGAGCCUAACAAAACAAGAUAGAAAUAAGGAAAGAUUCUUUUCAAAAUGGAAAUAUUAUUUUUGGGAAAAUUUUGUUAAUUUCCAUUUUGUUUUGGCUGAAAGUAUGUCAAGGUAUAUAUAUGAAGUAUAUGAAUUUAUGCUAAAUCUGAAAAAGAAUAUCAUAAAACUUACCUUGGGAUACAAAUAUAUUUUGAUGGCCAUAGAUCAGCUUAUAUGAUAUAAGAGCUGUCCAGCUGGAGACAUUAAAUUCAGCGCUGCAUGGGAGGCAACCCAUGGUUUUUAUUUCAUUUUGUUUGAUCUCUGUUUUUCUUAGAAUUUCGCAGUACUUGUUUCUGUGUUUGUUUUUCUUUCGAAAAAGUGCAGGAGGAGGAGUGUAAGAUGAAGUGGAAAAUUAAAAACGAGGUUGAGGUGAUGUCUUUCUGAGCUUCAUCAUUUAUGAAAAUAUUUUUAAUGCUUAACUUUGCAGAUAUGCAUGCUUCACUUGAAAAUUAUAUUUUCUGCAUAUUCUGUUUCGAGUUUUCUGUGUCAUUGAGGACAAUGUCAUUUUUAAGUUGGGGGGUGAAGUAUUCAUUAUUAAUUUAUGCUGUAGGACGAUUAAGAACAUGUGUUUGCAUUUUAUUCAACUUAGAACAGCAACUAAAAAAAUAAAAAUAAAAUAAAAUUCGGAAAAAUUGCAACAUCUAUUUUCUGGUUUUCUGUCAGAAACAACAGACUGUCAAAAACAGCAGAUGAAAAAACAACCCGAAAUUUGAAAUUCUAGAGACCCUUUUCUCACAUUUCAAUCCCGUAGACAUAUAUUACUGAAAUUCGAGAGACCUAUAAAGAAGAUAGUUUUGAUUUAUUUUUGACAAAUUUAUUGCUGCUAAAAUAGAACUGAAAACAGAAAACAGAACUGUCAGAACUAUCUAAUUUACAAAUUCCUUACAUCAUAUUGCAUGCAUGAAAAAUUAAAUCAAUUAGAUUGAUUGAUACCAAAAGAUACUAGGAAGAUUAUUAUUGAAUCAAAAGAAUGAUCUAGUAGCAUGAAAUGUUGGAAUACUCCUUGGAUACAUGAUAGAUAACAUGGAUUUGAUUUUACAGAUUUUCACUUCAUGAUCUUGAUGGAUAAUAUUUACUUGAUGUGAAAAUUUGAUUGAUCAUUUGAGUUUAAUGGAGAUUUUUGCACCCUGAUCUAUAGGACUUGUGAGGAGAAAUCACUUAUUUCAAAAAAAAAAAAAAGAAAAAAGAAAAAAAGAGAGAGCAAUGUGAAAAAUCUAGAAACGAAGAGUACACAUGGAGGGUGUGAGACAUCAUUCUCAUUGUCGAAAAUCGUGCAUAGAAAAACACUUGCUGAAAAAUAAGUGGAUAAAGUGAAAGCCCUGAAAAUGAAGAGUACACAUGGAGGGUGUGAGACAUCAUUCUUAUUGUCGAAAUUUGUCUACAGGAAAAGCUACUUAUCCACUAUAUAUAUAAAAAAAAAAAAAGAAGGAAGAAAUAUAGUGCAAACUGCAAAAAUCAAGUCAUAGAAAAAGGGAAAUGUAAGAUCAAUAUUAUUCUUGGAUGAGUAUUGAUAAUUGGAACAUCUUGUAAAUACAUCUAUGAGUGAAGAAGUGAUAAAGAUGUGAAUAGAAGAAGUGAAGUCUAGAUUGUUAUUCCAAGGAGUGUUUAAACAUUUAAGCGCUUGACAUCAUUCUUAAAUACUUGAUAUAAGAAUCCAAAGUGUUUAAAGGUGCAUCAUUUCUAAUUGUAUUUCUUUUCUGUAUUGAAAUAUGAUGUUUGAGAUUUGUAAAUUUUUAUUUUCGUAAUUCCAUUGCUAAGAGACUAGCAAUGAUUUAAGUUGGGGGGUGUGAUAAGUCUUCAUUAUCAUGAGUUAAUAAUUAGUAAAUAAUAUAGUUUUAGCCUUAACUCAUGAUAAAUAGAUUUAUAUUUGUGUUAAAGCAUGAAAAGUGGUUUUCAGUUGAUUAACGUGAAUUUUUGGGUAAUUAUGUGAUUUUAUACGAUUUUUACAGUCUUAGUUUUGAGAUAAAUGAAGAACAAGAAAUAAAAAUAAAAAUAUUGCAAAAUGGGGGGAUCCGCCGGCCAGCCGGGCCUGCAAGCGGGUCGGAAGCGCAGUCGGGGAGUAGCCACGAGCAAGGGCUCGAGCGGCUUGCUUGGAUCGAUAGGGGCACGUGUGCGCCACUCCCCUUCCACGUCACUGGUGGUCAGCCGGCCGUGGGGCAAGGAGUGGUCGUACACGCGAGAGGACUUUGCCUAGAAAGCUAACUUUACUAUAUAUUCGCCCGAAUAAUCCGCGCACAACCAAUGUGGGACUAAAUCCACCUUGUAAGGCGCGGGCAACCGCCGCGGGUUCGAAUCCUCCCAGAGUCAAAAUUCAUAUAUUUUUAACUGAUUAUCGCGACUUUCCUGCAGAUCGCCGGUGAAGGAUUAAGCAACCGGAAUCGCUGGAUCAUCGGCGAAAAUCUCGUCAACGCGAUUCGCGGAGCAUUGCUACUAAAAUUUUUGAACGAUUCGCGAUAAAAGGAUCGCAAUCCAUCGAGUAAAUCAUCUCCGAUUGAUCGACGAACAAGCCGUCGUCGGGAAGAGGACGAUCCGCCGGGAGACCAGUCGCCACCUCCUGAGAGCGUACCAGAUGCGAUGAAGAGCCUCCUCUUGCUGCGCGGACCUGAGGAUGAAGCUCCCUAACACGCGCCUCCCCUCCAUCCAGCCCCUCUCCGUCGGGUGACAGCCGCCGGAGAGCCGCAAAGUCGCCGUUUUUCCGCUCCGCCGGGUGACAGCCGCCGGAGACGAUUCGACGACCCACUUCAUUGGUCUCUAGACUUCGCGAGAAGAUCUAGAGAUUGCCCACGUCGUCUUUGUCUAAGGAGAGCCUUCGAGGCCGUGGACACUACACGACGACCCUCCCGAACGCUCAGGAUUCCGGUGCAUUGCCGAUGCGUCGCCGUCGCGACGCCGGAACUCUGUUUUCCUGCUUUAUCUAGAGAUUGCCCACGUCGUCUUUGUCCAAGGAGAGCCUUCGAGGCCGUGGACACUGCACGACGAUCCUCCCGAACGCUCAGGAUUCCGGUGUAUCGCCAACGCAUCGCCGUCGCGACGUCAGAACUCUGUUUUCCUGCUUUCAAUUUAAUUUACGCUUCAUUUAGUGAUACUUUGUUGAUUUUAAUUUACCAAACUAUACUUCGUUCAAUUACGAUUCUUCCGGCUUUUACAGAUCUUAAUUUGAUUAAUUGAGUUGUCUGUAAUCACCUACGUAAGAAUCGCCGGGCGGAACUCUUAUUUCCUUUUUUUCGUGAAUUUUAAAUAUAUUUCCUUUUUAUUUCCUAGUAUAAAAUUCGUAAGAAAAUCGUACUCAUUGAGAAAAAUUCUGAAUAAUUACCAGAUAUUAUAUUACAUCCCUGUGAUCGACCUGGAAAAUUACUGCUAUUUUUGGAAUUUUUAUUGAAUUAUAAUUGAUAUAUUUAUUUAGAAAUACUUCUAAAUAUCCGAAAAUUCGUAUUUUCUAGUUUUAUAAAUUUAAUAUUUGCAUGAUUUAACAUACAACGACUGAGUCACGUCAGUGGGCCAAAGGGCACAUUAGCGGGGGCAUGCGGCAAGCUGCACGGCAUGCCCUAGGGCACGUGGGCAGUGGUGCCAGGUGGGCGAGCGGGCCACAAGAGCUGGCACGCGGGGUGUGCAUAGUGGCAGUGCUUCGGUGGGAAGGCCGAGCGUCUGCAGCGCUUCGGCAAGAAGGCCAAGCGUCAGUUGCACUUCAAUGGGAAUGUCAAGCGUCGGCGUUCAACAGGAAGGCCGAGCAUCAGCAGUGCUUCGGCGGGAAUGCCAAGCAUCAGCGAUGUGACGUGACUCAGUCAUUGUAUAUUAAAUCAUGCAAAUCUAAAAUUUAUAAACUAGAAAAUACAAAUUUUUAGAUAUUUAGAAGUAUUUCUGAAUAAAUAUAUCAAUUAUAAUUCCAUAAAACUUUCAAAAAUAGUAGUAAUUUUCCAAGUCAAUAAUAGGGAUAUAAUAUAAUAUAUGGUAAUUAUUCAUAAUUGUUCUCAAUGAAUACGAUUUUCUAUUAAUUUUAUACUAGGAAAUAAAAAGGAAAUAUAUUUAAAAUUCACAAAAAAGGGAAAUAAGGGUGCAGACAUCAAGAUGAUGUCAGCACCUUGCAAAUGCGAAUUAGGUGAAAAUAGAGUUUCACCUGAUGAUUCUUACGUAAGUGAUUACAUACAAUUUAAUUAAUCAAAUUAAGAUAUGUAAAAGCCGGAAGAAUCGUAAUAGAACAAAGUAUAUUUUAGUAAAUUAAAAUCACAAACACUAUCAUUAAAUGAAGUGUAAAGUAAGUUGAAAGUAGGAAAAUAGAGUUCCGGCAUCGCAACGGCGAUGCGUUAGUGAUGCACCAGAAUCCUGAGCGUUCAGGAGGAUCGUCAUGUAGUGUCCACGACCUCGAAUGCUCUCCUUGGACAAAUACAACGUGGGCAAUUUCUAGAUCUUCUCACGAAGUCUAGAGAUUAAUGAAAUAGGUUGUCAAGUCAUCUCCGAUGGCUGUCACCCGGUGGAGUGGAAAAACGGCGACUUUGUAGCCCUCUAACAACUGUCACCCGAUGGAGAAGAGUUGGAUGGAGGUGGGGCGUGUGUCAAGGAGCUUCAUCCUCAAGUCUGCGUAGCAAAAGGAGGCUCUUCAUCGCAUCUGGUACACUCUCAAGAGGUGGCGACUCGUCUCCCGGUGGAUCGUCCUCUUCCUGACGACAGCUUGUUCGUCGAUCAAUCGAAGAUGAUUUACUUGAUGGAUUCACAAUCUUUUUAUUGCGAAUCAUUUAGCAAUUUUAAUAGCAAUGCUCCCCGAAUUGCGUUGUUGAGAUUUUUGUUGAUGAUCUAGCGAUUCUCGUUGCUUAAUCCUUCACCGACAAUCUCCAGGAAAGUCACGAUAAUCAGAUAAAAAUAUAUGAAUUUUGACUCUAAGAGGAUUCAAACCCGUGCUAGUUGUCUGCCCCUUCUAAGGAAGGUGUGACAGGGGUUUAGUCCCACAUCAGUUAUGUGCCGAUGUUUCGGGUGAAUAUAUAGUAAUGCUACAUUUAUAAACAAAGUUCCUUCUCUCAUGUGUACGACCACUCCUUGCCCCACAGCCGGCUGGCCACCGGUGACGUGGAAGGGGAGUGGCAUACGUGUGUCCUGUCGGUCCCCAAGCCAAGCCGCUCGAGCCCUUGCUCGCAACUUACUCCCCGACUACGCUUCCGACCCGCUUGCGGGCCCGGCUGGCCGGUGGGUCCCCCCAUUUUUGCAAUAUUUUUAUUUUUAUUUCUUUUUUUUCAUUUAUCUCAAAAGUAAGACUAUAAAAAUCAUAUAAAAUCACAUAAUUACCCAAAAAUUCACGUUAAUCAAUUAAAAACAAAAAAUCAUUCUUUAACAUAAAUAUAAGUCUAUUUAUCAUGAGUUAAGGCUAAAACUAUAUUAUUUACUAAUUAUUAACUCAUGAUAAUGAAGACUUAUCAGCCCACUUGAGGCCCUCAAGCCCAUAAGCCACAAAGGCUACAAAAGGGGCUUAUUGGGCCUUUUAAAGAGAGACCCAAUAAGCUCCCUUAAAAGGAGAAAGCGGAGGGACCUCUUAUGGUGCUUAACUGGGCCUCAAAUGAAGACCCAAAUAAGCCCCAAAAGAGGCCCAAAAGGAAAGACACAUAGGUCCCCCCCCCCCUAGGGCUGUAAUUGGCCCUCAAAGAGAGACCUAAAAAAACCCCAAAGAAAGGGAGACACAAACAACAACACACACACAUAGAAUUGGGCCCGGUAACACACAAACAUGAGGCCCAACAAGUCAACAUGAAAAUACCAAGAAAGAUAAGGGUGAGCUCGAGCUCGUCAAUUGUGGAGGUGGAAUGUCGUCGUCCCGAAGGGCUAGGCCAUGUAGCAAAAGCUAGGCUCCUUCGUCUUUGCACAUCAAUCGAGCUGAACUCAGAUUGUCAAUGUCUCCUGAGCUGAUGGAGAUGGGUCCUGCUUGCCAUCACUCUAGUGAUCUGCAAGAAAGUCAUAAUAACCAAUUAAAAAAAUAUAAAUUUUGACUCUUGGAGGAUUCAAACCUGCGCCGAUUGCCUACCCUUUCUUAGGGAAGGUGUGACGCGAGUUUAGUCCUACAUCAGUUGUGCACCGAUUUUUCAGGCAAAUAUAUAGUAAUGUUACAUUUCAAAGCAAGUCCCUUUCUUGCACAUGUACAACCACUCCUUGCCCCACAGCUAGUUAGCCACUAGUGACGUAAAAGGGAAGCGAUAGAGGCUCUUCAUCACAUCAGGUACGCUCUUAGGAGGUGGUGACUCGUCUCUUGGUAGAUCAUCUUUUUCUAGACAAUGGCUCAUUCGUCAAUCAAUCAGAGAUAUUUUACUUGAUAGAUUCAAUAUCCCUUUAUUGUGAAUCAUUUAGCAAUUUUAGUAACAAGGCUCUAUGAAUUGUGUUGACGAGAUUUUCACCGAUGAUCUAGUGAUUCUGGUUGCUUAAUCCUUCACCUAUGAUUUGCAAGAAAGUCACAAUAAUCAAAUAAAAAAUAAUGAGUUUUGGCACUGGGAGGAUUUAAACCUGGGCUGAUUGCCUACCUUUUCUAGGGAAGGUGAUGCGGUUAUAGUCCUACAUCACUUGUGUGCCGAAUUUUCAGGUGAAUAUAUAGUAAUAUUACAUUUCCAAUCAAGUCCCUUUCUUGUGCGUGUAUGACCACUCCUUGUACCCAUACUCGCAACUACUCCCUAACUGUGCUUCUGACCCACUUGCAGGCCUGACUAACUAGCGGGUCCCCCCAUUUUGUUAUAUUUUUAUUUAUUUUUCUUUUUUUUCAUUUUUGUCAAAAGUAAGAUUAUAAAAAUCAUAUAAAUUUGUAUAAAAUCACAUAAUUACCAAAAGUUCACAUUAAUCAAUUGAAAAACCACUUUUCAUACUUUAACAUAAAUAUAAGUUUAUUUAUCAUGAUUUAAGACUAAAACUAUAUUAUUUACUAAUUAUUAACUCAUCAUAAUGAAAACUUAUCACUUACCAUCUUUCUAGAUUGAGUGAUACAAGAAUAAAUACAACACCUUUGCAAAAUAAAUUUCUAGAUGAACAAUUGAAGGCAGCUCAACAUCAAUCAUAACCAUAGUAUGCACAUAUUGUUAAUUUUCUAGUUUUUGGAAAAUUUUCAAAAUAUUGGGAUAAGAAUAGAAAAAUUAUUUCUUUUCUAAGAUUAAAAAUUAUUUUUUGUAUAAUCCUGAUUUAUAGUACUUGAGCAAUGAUCAAAUUUUAAGGAGAUAUGUUCUUGAAGAAGAAUAUCAUAGCAUUCUUAACAUGUGCUAUUCAUCUAACUAUGGAGGACAUUUUUAUAUAUGAAAAUAGCUAUAAAAUAUUUUUAGUGUGGUUUUAUUGGCCUACAAUCAUUAGAGAUUCUAUGGAAUUUAGUAGAACAUGUAUUUCAUGUCAAUCUAUAGGUAAUAUGAAUAUAAAAGAUGAAAUGUCCAUGAGUAACAUGUUAGUAGUUGAAAUUUUUGAUAUAUGAGAUAUAGACUUCAUGGGUGCCCUCCCAUCAACUGAAAAAUAUAAAUAUAUUUUGCUUGCUAUUGAUUAUGUGUCUAAGUGAGUGGAUGUUAUUCCUACUAGAACUAAUGAUUAUAAAAUUGUGAUAAAAUUAGUGUGAGAAAAAAGUUUUUCGAGAUUUGAAUGUCCUAGAGUGAUUAUUAGUGAGAAUUUACCAAGUCGAUCAUAGGGAUGUAAUAUAAUAUUGGGUAAUUUUUCAAAUUUUUCUUAAAAAUUAUAAGUUUUUAUGAAUUUUAUACUCAAAAAUAAAAAUGAAAUAUAUUUAAAAUUCAAAAAAAAAGAAAUAAGGGUGGAAACGUCAAGGUGACAUCAGUGCUCGACGAAUGUGAAUCGAGCAGAAAUAGAGUUCCACAUGACAAUUCUUAUGUAAGCGAUUACCAACCAUUUAAUUGAUCAAAUUAAGAUUUGUAAAAGCAAGAAUCAUAGUUGAAUGAAAAAUAGCUUGAUAAAUUUAAAUCACACAAAUUAUCAUUAAAUGAGGUGAAAAUUAAGUUGAAAGUAAGAAAUAGAGUUCUAGUAUUAUGUCAAUGAUGUGUCAAUAAUGUACUAGAAUUUUGAGCAUUUGGGAGGAUUGUCAUAUAGUGUCCACGGCAUUGAAGAUUUUCUUUGGACAAGGACAACAUAGGCAAUCUCUAGAUCUUCUUGCAAAGUUUAGAGAUCAAUGAAAUGGGUCGUUGAAUCAUCUCCGAUAGUUGUCACCUAGUAGAGCAGAAAAAUAAUAACUUUGUGGCUUUCUAGUGGUUGACACCUGAUGGAGAAGAGCUAGAUGGAGGUGGGGUGCAUGUCAAGGAGUUUCAUCCUCAAGUCUGUGCAACAAGAGGAGGCUCUUCAUCACAUUUGAUAUGCUCUCAAGAAAUAUCAACUCAUCUAUCAAUGAAUCAUCUUCUUCUCUAUGACAGCUUGUUAAUCAAUUAAUUAAAAAUCUUUUACUUGAUAGAUUCGUAAUCCUUCUAUUGCGAAUCAUUCAGUAAUUUUAGCAACAAUAUUCUGUGAAUUGUAUCGACCAGAUUUUUCGCUGAUGAUCCAAUGAUUUUAACAACUUAAUCUUCUACCGAUGAUUUACAAGAAAGUCAUGAUUUAAUUAGAUAAAAAUAUGAUUUUUUGGCUCUAGUAGGAUUUGAACCAAUGUAGGUUGCUUGGUUGCAUGAGAGAGAUUGAAAUAAGUACUCUAAUACUAUUAUAAAGUGACAUCAUUAUAGUAUAUCUCUAUUAUGACUAAAAGGUAUUUUAGGUAUUAAAAUCUUUGAGGCCAUUCUAAAUAUUAUAAUUGACAUCAUUUUGGAUGAAUAUAUAGUAAUAUCACAUUUCUAAGUAAUAAGUCCCUUUCUUCCAUGUAUACGACUACUCUUUACCCUACAACUAGUUGGUCACCAAUGACAUGAAAGGGGAGUGGCAAUUGAUGUGACUCAAUCAUUGUAUAGUAAAUCACGUAAAUUUAAAUUUUAUAAAACUAGAAAAUACAAUUUUUUGGGUAUUUAGAAGUAUUUUUAAAAAAUAUAUAUCAAUUAUAAUUUAAUAAAAAUUCCAAAAAUAGAAAUAAUUUUUCAAAUCAAUCACAAGGAAGUAAUAUAAUAUUUGGUAAUUAUUUAGAAUUUUUCACAAAAUAUACUAUUUUUUAUAUAUUUUAUACUAAGAAAUGAAAUGAAAUAUAUUUAAAAUUUAUGAAAUAUGAAAAUAAAGGUGAGGAGGUCAAAAUGAUGUUAGUGCCUGGCAAACAUGAAUUGGACAAUACAGAAUUCCACUCGGUGAUUCUUAUGUAAGUAACUAUAGAUGAUUUAAUUGAUCAAAUAAUGAUUUGUAAAAGCCAAAAGAAUCGUAAUGGAAUGAAGUAUAUCUUAGUAAAUUUAAAAUCAACAAAUUAUCACUAAAUGAAAUAAAAAUUAAGUUCAAAGUAAGAAAAUAAAGUUCCGAUGUCACGGCGGCGAUGCAUCGGUGAUGCAUCGAAAUCCUAAGCAUUUGGGAGGAUCAUCGUGCAAUGUCUACGGCCUCAAAAAUUCUCCUUGGACAAAGACAACAUGGGUAAUCUCUAGAUCUCCUUGUGAAGUCUAGAAAUCAAUGAAAUGGGUCAUCAAAUCAUCUUCGGUGACUAUCACCUGGUGGAGCAGAAAAAUGGCAACUUUGUGGCUCUCUAGUGAUUGUCACCCAACAAAGAGAAGUUAGAUGGAGGUGGGGCACAUGUCAAGGAGCUUCAUCCUCAAGUCCACACAUCAAGAGAAGGCUCUUCAUUGCAUCUGGUAUGCUCUCAGAAGGUGGCGACUUGUCUCCUAGUGGAUCGUCCUCUUCUUGACAAUGGCUUGUUCCUUGAUCAAUUGGAGAUGCUUUACUCGAUGGAUUCGUGAUCCUUUUAUCGUGAGUUGUUCAGCAAUUUUAGUAACAAUGCUCUGCCAAUCGUGCUGACGAGAUUUUUGUCAGUGAUCCAACGAUUUUGGUUGCUAAAUCCUUCACCGACGAUCUGUAGGAAAGUCACGACAAUCAAAUAAAAAAUAAUGAGUUUUGGCUCUUAGAGAAUUCAAACCCAUGCCAAUUGCCCCACCCUUUUUAGGGAAGGUGUGACGUGGUUUAGUCCCACAUCACUUGUGCGUUAAAGUUUCUGGUGAAUAUAUAAUAAUAUUACAUUUCUAAUCAAGUCCCUUUCUCACACAUGUACAACCACCCCUUGCCCCAUAGCCGGCUGGCCACUAGUGACGUGGAAGGGGAGUGGCACACAUGUACCCCAUCACUCCAAGACGCUCAAGCCCUUGCUCGCGGCUACUCCCUAAUUGUGCUUCUAACCCACUUGCAGGCAUGGCUGGCUGACGAGUGAUAAGUCUUCAUUAUCAUAAGUUAAUAAUUAGCAAAUAAUAUAAUUUUAGCCUUAAAUCAUGAUAAAUAGACUUAUAUUUGUGUUAAAGUGUGAAAAGUAGUUUCUAGUUGAUUAACGUGAAUUUUUGGGUAAUUAUGUGAUUUUAUACAAUUUUUAUAGUCUUACUUUUGAGAUAAAUGAGAAAAAAGAAAUUAAAAUAAAAAUAUAACAAAAUGGGGAGGACUCGCCAGCUAGUCAGGCCCGCAAGCGGGUCAAAAGCGCAGUCAGGUAGGAGCCGUGAGCAGGGCUCGAGCAACUUGAACCGAUGGGGGAACGUGUGUGCCACUCCUCUUCCAUGUCACUAGUGGCCAGUCGGCUGUGGGGCAAAGAGUGGUCGUACAUGCAUGAGAGAGGGACUUGACUAGGACUCGAGGAAGAAGCCCUGGCUAACUCCGUGCCAGCAGCCGUGGUAAGACGGGGGGGGCAAGUGUUCUUCGGAAUGACUGGGCGUAAAGGGGCUAUCGGGGAAUUUCCCAUCUUAGUAGGAGCUUUCCGAAGAAAUAGCUUAGUAGCGACUUUGGAACCGCAUCUCUGACAACUGAGACUCGAGAGACGCGAACAGCCCAUGAGACUGGAAUACGUUUAACAAAGCUAGCCGCGUGCCUCGAACGAAGAGACCUCCCAAGACUUCAGACACCUAAAGGUUACUUAUCGAAACACUUCAAUAGAACAAGGGGAGAGAUUUGAAACAAAGGGACAGGGAUGACUAAGACGAGUUAUGCUUAGAUGGAUCCGGGGAUGGCUAAAACAUCUUUAAUCUGCUUGGGUAGGCUGGGAGGCCUCCUCAGUCCCUAAGGCUGAGCAAGAUGCAUCAACAGCUACAUUUACCAUGGUAGCAGGGUGCUUGUUUUCUUCAAUCCGGGGUGGACCAUGAUCGACCUCCAUUUGAAGCUACAAAGUCAGCAUCCAAAAAUGGUUUUGGCACACAACUGAUGUGGGACUAAACUCGUGUCACCUUCCCCAGAAAGGGUGGGAAAUUGGCGUGGGUUUUAAUCCUCCUAGAGCCAAAACUCAUAUUUUUUUAUCUAAUUAUCGUGACUUUCCUAAAAUGUCAAUGAAGGAUUAAGCAACUAGAAUCGCUAAAUCAACGGCAAAAAUCUUGUCAACGUGAUUCGUAGAGCAUUAUUACUAAAAUUGUUGAACAAUUCAUGAUUAAAGGAUCACAAAUCCAUCGAGUAAACCAUCUCUAAUUGAUCGACAAAGAAGUCAUCGUCGGAAAGAGGACGAUCCAUCAAGAAAUGAGUUGUCACCUCCUGAGAGCGUACCAGAUAUGUUGAAGAGCCUCUUCUUGGUAUGCGGACAUGAGGAUGAAGCUCCUUGACACGCGCCCCACCUCCAUCUAGCUCAUCUUCGUUAGGUGAUAGCUACCACAAAGUCGUCAGUUUUCUACUCCGCCGGGCGAUAGCCACUAGGGAUGAUUCAAUGACCCAUUUUAUUGAUCUCUAAACUUUCCAAGGAGAUCUACAGAUUGCCCACGUCAUCUUUGUCAAAGGAGAGCCUUUAAGACUAUGGACACGGCACGACUUCUGGUGCAUUGCCGACACAUCAUCGACACAUCGCCAUCACGACGUCGGAACUCUAGUUUUUUGCUUUCAACUUAAUUUUUAUUUCAUUUAGUGAUAAUUUGUUGAUUUUAAAUUUACCAGGUUAUACUUCAUUUCAUUACGAUUCUUCUGACUUUUAUAGAUCUUAAUUUGAUCAAUUAAAUCAUUUGUAAUCGCUUAUGUAAGAAUCACCAAGUGGAACUCUAUUUCUGUCCAAUUCGCGUUUGCCAGGAACUGACGUCAUCUUGACAUUCAUACCCUUAUUUCUCUUUUUUAUGAAUUUUAAAUAUAUAUAUUUUUUAUUUUUUAGUAUAAAAUUUAUAGAAAAUAAUAUUCUUUGAAGAAAAUUUUGAAUAAUUACUAGAUAUUAUUACAUCCUUGUAAUCGACUUGGAAAAUUACCACUAUUUUUGGAAGUUUUAUUGAAUUAUACUUAAUAUAUUUGUUUAGAAUACUUCUAAAUUUUCAAAAAUUCAUAUUUUCUAGUUUUAUAAAUUGUCAAUUUAUGUGAUUUACUAUACAAUGACUAAGUCACAUCAAAUUUUUGUGCCAUUGCUGGGAAUGUAUUACAUAAUAUUUAGUAUUUUUUUAUUUUUCUCUUAGAGUACACAAAAAAAAUUAACUCUUAUUUUAUUUUCUUUUUUUAUUGAAUUAUUCUUUUUAGAAAAAGAGAACAAAAAGAAGCAAGGCAAGGACUGGAGCAUACUGAAGGAGGGUAACAUUUACUAAACUUUUCCCUCAAAAUUAUUAUUUUUUUAUACAUGGUAGAAGAUCCUUACAUCUAAGGCUAGAAAAUCCUUUCAUUAUUUCAUUCAAAACUAAAAAUCCGAAAGAAAAAUUAAUUUUGAUAGAUCUUGAAGUAUAAGUCCAAUUGAGAGCAAUCCUAUGGCUAUGAAAAAUCAUUAUAUCCCUGAUUCAUUUCAAAGAGCAUCCAAUAUUAAAGUCCCAUUAGCACCCACUGUUAAAUUCAAAAUAAAUCCAGAAAAUUUUCAAAUGCUCCCUAAUAAGUCUUCAUUAUCAUGAGUUAAUAAUUAGUAAAUAAUAUAGUUUUAGCCUCAACUCAUGAUAAAUAGACUUAUAUUUGUGUUAAAAAAUAAUUUAUGGUUUUUAGUUGAUUAAUGUAAAUUUUUGGGUAAUUAUGUGAUUUUAUACAAUUUUUACAAUCUUACUUUUGAGAUAAAUGAAGAACAAGAAAUAAAAAUAAAAAUAUUAUAAAAUGGGGGACCCGCCGGCCAACCGAGCCCGCAAGCGGGUUGGAAGUGCAGUCGGGGAGUAGCUGCAAGCAGGGGCUCAAGCGGCUUAGAUUGGACCAAUAGGGGCACGUGUACACCACUCCCCUUCCACGUCACCGGUGGCCAAUUUGCUGUGGGGCAACGAGUGGUCGUACAUACGAGAGAAGAGACUUUGCUUAUAAAGCUAACAUUACUAGAUAUUUGUCUGAAAAGUUGGUGCACAACCGAUGUGGGACUAAACCUGCAUCACAUUUCCUCACAGGCAGGUGAUAAGUCUUCAUUAUCAUGAGUUAAUAAUUAGUAAAUAAUAUAGUUUUAGCCUUAACUCAUGAUAAAUAGACUUAUAUUUGUGUUAAAGAAUGAUUUAUGGUUUUCAAUUGAUUAACAUGAAUUUUUGGGUAAUUAUGUGAUUUUAUAUGAUUUUUACAGUCUUACUUUUGAGAUAAAUGAAGAACAAGAAAUAAAAAUAAAAAUAUCACAAAAAUGGGGAGACCCACCGGCCAGCCGUGCCCGCAAGCAGGUCGGAAGCGCAGUUGGGGAGUAAGCCACGAGCAGGGGCUCGAGCGGCUUGGCUUGGGGACCGACAAGGCACGCGUACGCCACCCCCUUUCCACGUCACGGGUGGCUAGCCGGCUGUGGGGCAAGGAGUGGUCAUAUACGCGAGAGAAGGGACUUUGCUCAGAAAGUUAACAGUACUAUAUAUUCGCUCGAAAAAUCGGCGUACAACUGAUGUGGGACUAAACCCCCGUCACACCUUCCUCAGAAGAGGCGGGCGACCGGCGCGGGUUCGAAUCCUUCCAGAGUCAAAAUUCAUAUACUUUUAUUUGAUUAUCACGACUUUCCUGCAGAUCGCCGGUGAAGGAUUAAGCAACGAGAAUCACUGGAUCAUCGGCGAAAAUCUCAUCAACGCAAUUCGCAGAGCAUUGCUACUUAAAUUGCUGAACGAUUCGCGAUAAAAGGAUCGUGAAUCCAUCGAGUAAAUCAUCUUCGAUUGAUCGACGAACAAGCCGUCGUCGGGAAGAAGACGAUCCGCCGGGAGACCACUCGCAACCUUUUGAGAGCGUGCCAGAUGCGAUGAAGAGCCUCCUCUUGCUGCGUGGACCUGAGGAUGAAGCUCCCUAACACACGCCCCACCUCCAUCCAGCUUCUCUUCAUCGGGUGAUAGCCACCGGAGAGCCGCAAAGUCGCCGUUUUUCCGCUCCGCCAGGUGACACCCGCCGGAGAUGAUUCGACGACCCACUUCAUUGAUCUCUAGACUUUGCGAGAAGAUCUAGAGAUUGCCCACGUUGUCUUUGUCCAAAGAGAGCCUUCGAGGCCGUGGACACUACACGACGAUCAUCCCGAACGCUCAGGAUUUUGAUGCAUCACCGACGCAUCACCGUCGUGACGCCGGAACUCUGUUUUCCUACUUUCAAUUUAAUUUACGCUUCAUUUAGUGAUACUUUGUGUGAUUUUAAUUUACCAAACUAUACUUCGUUCAAUUAUGAUUCUUCCAAUUUUUACAGAUCUUAAUUUGAUUAAUUAAGUCGUCUGUAAUCUCUUACUGACGUGACUCAGUCAUUGUAUGUUAAAUCACGCAAAUAUAAAAUUUAUAAAACUAGAAAAUACGAAUUUUUGGAUAUUUAGAAGUAUUUCUAAAUAAAUAUAUCAAUUAUAAUUCAAUAAAAAUUCCAAAAAUAGCGGAAAUUUUCCAGGUCGAUCACAGGGACGUAAUAUAAUAUCUGGUAAUUAUUCAGAAUUUUUCUCAAUGAGUACGAUUUUCUUAAAAAUUUUAUACAAGAAAAUAAAAAGGAAAUAUAUUUAAAAUUCACGAAAAAAAAGAAAUAAGGGUGCGGACGUCAGGAUGACGUCAGCGCCAGGCGAAUGCAAAUCAGGCAGAAAUAGAGUUCCGCCCGGUGAUUCUUACGUAGGCGAUUACAGACGACUCAAUUAAUCAAAUUAAGAUCUGUAAAAGCCGGAAGAAUCGUAAUUGAACGAAGUAUAGUUUGGUAAAUUAAAAUCAACAAAGUAUCACUAAAUGAAGCGUAAAUUAAAUUGAAAGCAGGAAAACAGAGUUCCGGCAUCGCGACGGCGAUGCAUCGGCGAUGCACCGGAAUCUUGAGCGUUCGGGAGGAUCGUUGUGCAGUGUCCAUGGCCUCGAAGGCUCUCCUUGGACAAAGACGACGUGGGCAAUCUCUAGAUCUUCUCGCAAAGUCUAGAGAUCAAUGAAGUGGGUCGUCGAAUCGUCUCUGGCGGCUGUCACCCGGCAGAGCGGAAAAACGGCGACUUUGCGGCUCUCCAGCGGCUGUCACCCGAUGGAGAGGAGCUGGAUGGAGGUGGGGCGCGUGUUAGGGAGCUUCAUCCUCAGGUCCGCGCAGCAAGAGGAGGCUCUUCAUCGCAUCUGGUACGCUCUCAGGAGGUGGCGACUGGUCUCCCGGCGGAUCGUCCUCUUCCCGACGACGACUUGUUCGUCGAUCAAUCGGAGAUGAUUUACUCGAUGGAUUCGCGAUCCUUUUAUCGCGAAUCGUUCAGCAAUUUUAGUAGCAAUGCUCCGCGAAUCGCGUUGACGAGAUUUUCGCCGAUGAUCCAGCGAUUCUCGUUGCUUAAUCCUUCACCGGCGAUCUGCAGGAAAGUCGCGAUAAUCAGAUAAAAAUAUAUGGAUUUUGACUCUGGGAGGAUUCGAACCCGCGCCGGUCGCCCGCCUCUGAGGAAGGUGUGACGGGGGUUUAGUCCCACAUCGGUUGUGCGCCGAUUUUUCGGGCGAAUAUAUAGUAAUGUUAGAUUUGUGAGCAAACUCCCUUCUCUCACAUGUACGACCACUCCUUGCCCCACAGCCGGCUGGCCACCGGUGACGUGGAAGGGGAGUGGCGCACACGUGCCCCUAUCGGUCCAAGCUAAGCCGCUCGAGCCCCUGCUCGCGGCUACUCCCCGACUGCGCUUCCGACCUGCUUGCGGGCCCGGCUGGCCGGCGGGUCCCCCCAUUUUACAAUAUUUUUAUUUUUAUUUCUUGUUCUUCAUUUAUCUCAAAAGUAAGACUGUAAAAAUCGUAUAAAAUCACAUAAUUACCCAAAAAUUCACAUUAAUCAACUGAAAACCACUUUUCACACUUUAACACAAAUAUAAGUCUAUUUAUCAUGAGUUAAGGCUAAAACUAUAUUAUUUACUAAUUAUUAACUCAUGAUAAUGAAGACUUAUCACACCCCCCAACUUAAAUCAUUGCUAGUCCCUUAGCAAUGGAAUUACGAAAAUAAAAAUUUACAAAUCUCAAACAUCAUAUUUCAAUACAGAAAAAAAUAAUAAUUAGAAAUGAUGCACCAUUAAACACUUUGGAUUCUUAUAUCAAGUAUUUAAGAAUGAUGCCAAGGACUUAAAUGUUUAAACACUCCUUGGAAUAACAAUCUAGACUUCACUUCUUCUAUUCACAUUAUUAUCACUUCUUCACUCAUAGAUGUAUUUACAAGAUGUUCCAAUUAUCAAUACUCAUCCAAGAAUAAUAUUGAUCUUACAUUUCCCUUUUUCUAUGACUUGAUUUUUGAAGUUUGCACUAUAUUUCUUCCUUUUUUUUUUUUUAAAUAGUGGAUAAGUAGCUUUUCUUGUAGACAAAUUUCGACAAUAAGAAUGAUGUCUCACACCCUCCAUGUGUACUCUUCAUUUUCAGGGCUUUCACUUUAUCCACUUAUUUUUCAGCAAGUGUUUUUCUAUGCACGAUUUUCGACAAUGAGAAUGAUGUCUCACACCCUCCAUGUGUACUCUUCGUUUCUAGAUUUUUCACAUUACUUUCUCUUUUUUUUUUUUUCGAAAUAAGUGAUUUCUCCUCACAAGUCCUAUAGAUCAGGGUGCAAAAAUCUCCAUUAAACUCAAAUGAUCAAUCAAAUUUUCACAUCAAGUAAAUACUAUCCAUCAAGAUCAUGAAGUGAAAAUCUACAAAAUCAAAUCCAUGUUAUCUAUCAUGUAUCCAAGGAGUAUUCCAACAUUUUAUGCUACUAGAUCAUUCUUUUGACUCAAUAAUAAUCUUCCUAGUAUCUUUUGGUAUCAAUCAAUCUAAUUGAUUUAAUUUUUCAUGCAUGUAAUAUGAUGUAAGGAAUUUGUAAAUUAGAUAGUUCUAACAAUUCCGUUUUCUGUUUUCAGUUCUAUUUUUACCAGCAAUAAAUUUGUCAAAAAUAAAUCAAAGCUAUCUUCUUUAUAGCUGUAAUUUCGAAUUUCAGUAAUAUAUAUCCAGGGGAUUGAAAUGUGAGAAAAGGGUCUUCUAGAAUUUCAAAUUUCGGGCUGUUUUUUGUCUACUGUUUUUGAUAGUCUGUUGUUUCUGACAGAAAACCAGAAAAUAGAUGUUACAAUUUUUCCGAAUUUUAUUUUAUUUUUAUUUUUUUAGUUGCUGUUCUAAGUUGAAUAAAAUGCAAACACAUGUUCUUAAUCGUCCUACAGCAUAAAUUAAUAAUGAAUACUUCACCCCCCAACUUAAAAAUGACAUUGUCCUCAAUGACACAGAAAACUCGAAACAGAAUAUGCAGAAAAUAUAAUUUUCAAGUGAAGCAUGCAUAUCUGCAAAGUUAAGCAUUAAAAAUAUUUUCAUAAAUGAUGAAGCUCAGAAAGACAUCACCUCAACCUCGUUUUUAAUUUUCCACUUCAUCUUAUACUCCUGCACUUUUUCGACAGAAAAAAACAAAUACAGAAACAAGUAGUGCGAAAUUCUAAGAAAAACAGAGCUAAAAAAAAAUCAAACAGAAUGAAAUAAAAACCAUGGGUUGCCUCCCAUGCAGCGCUGAAUUUAAUGUCUCCAGCUGGACUCCUUGGUCUUACUCUUGAAUUUCUUUUAAUAAUAAAAUUUCUUUUUCUACAAGGCGUUCAUGUUCUAUGUAAUGUUUAAGCCGCUGUCCAUUUACCUUAAAGUUAUGAUCACUUUUAGGAUCUUUAAUCAUUACAGCCCCAUGAUCAUAUGUCUCUUCCACCACAUAAGGCCCUUUCCAUUUUGAUUUUAAUUUUCCUGGGAAUAAUUUCAGCCUAGAAUCAUAUAACCACACUUUUUGUCCAACAUCAAAUUUUUUUCUACUAAUGUAUUUAUCAUGGAAAGUUUUAGUUUUUUCUUUAUAUAUUCUAUAAUUUUCAUAAGCUUCAUUCCUCAACUCCUCUAAUUCAUGUAGCUGAAAAAUUCUAUGCCCACCAGCUGAUUUCUCAUCCAUACAUAAAUUUUUUAUAGCCCAUAACGCUUUAUGCUCUAUUUCCACAAGAAGAUGACAUGGCUUUCCAAAAAUGAGACGAAAUGGGGACAUACCUAUGGGAUUUUUAUAAGCUGUUCUAUAAGCCCAUAAUGCAUCUUGUAAUUUCGUGGGCCAAUCUUUCCUAUCUAGUCUAACUAUUUUUCUCAAAAUUCUCUGAAUUUCCCUAUUUGCUACUUCAGCUUGCCCAUUUGUUUGGGGAUGAUAUGGAGUGGCUACUUUGUGGUGUACUCCAUUCUUUUUCAACAGUUCCCUGAAAUGUUUAUUUGUAAAAUGUGUUCCUCCAUCACUAAUAAUCACUCUAGGACAUCCAAAUCUCGAAAAAAUAUUUUCCUACACAAAUUUCAUCACGAUUUUAUGAUCAUUAGUUCUAGUAGGAAUAGCUUCAACCCACUUUGACACAUAAUCAACAGCAAGCAAAAUAUAUUCAUAUUUUUCAGCUGAUGGGAAGGGACCCAUGAAAUCUAUUCCCCAUACAUCAAAAAUUUCGACUACUGACAUGUUACUCAUGGGCAUUUCCUCUAUUUUACUCAUGUUACCUAUAGAUUGGCAUGAAAUACAUGUUCUACUAAAUUCUAUAGAAUCUCUAAUGAUUGUAGGCCAAUAAAAACCACAUUGGAAAAAUUUUGCAGCUGUUUUUCGUCGAGAGAAAUGUCCUCCAUAGUUAGAUGAAUGGCACAUGUUAAUAAUGCUAUGAUAUUCUUCUUCAGGAACACAUCUCCUUAAAAUUUGAUCAUUGCCCAAGUAAUAUAAAUCAAGAUCAUGCCAAAAAUAAUUUCUAAUCUUAGAAAAUAAAUGAUUUUUUCUGUUCUUAUCCCAUUGUUCUGGAGUUUUCCCAGAAACCAGAAAAUUAACAAUAUGUGCAUACCAUGGUGAUGGUUGAUGUUGAGCUGCCAUCAAUUGUUCAUCUGGAAAUGCGUCUUGUAAAGGUGCUGCAUUUAUUCCUGUAUCACUUAAUCUAGAAAGAUGGUCAGCAACAACAUUCUCGAAACCAUUUUUAUCUUUUAUUUCUAAGUCAAAUUCUUGCAACAAUAAAAUCCAUCUUAAUAAACGUGGCUUUGCAUCUUUCUUAUUUAACAGAUAUUUUAAUGCUGCAUGAUCAGUAUAAAUAAUAAUUUUAGCUCCCAAAAUAUAUGAUCUAAACCUUUCUAACGAAAAUACUACAGCUAACAAUUCUUUUUCAGUCGUGGUAUAAUUUAAUUGAGCAUCAGAUAUAGUUUUACUAGCAUAUGAAAUUACUAUGGGUUUUGACUCUUUUGUUUGUCCUAGAACGGCCCCCACUGCAUAAUUCGAUGCAUCACACAUUAUUUCAAAGGGAAGGGAUCAAUCAGGAGCUUGUAAAAUGGGUGCCUCAGUAAGUAAUCUUUUUAUUUUGGAAAAAGACUCAAAACAUUUCUCAUCAAAAUUAAAAGGCACAUCUUUAGAUAAUAGCAUGGUGAGAGGUUUGGAAAUUUUCAAAAAAUCUUGAAUAAAUUUUCUGUAAUAACCUGCAUGACCCAAGAAAUAUCUAAUCUGUUUUAUUGAAUUCAGAGGUUUCAUUUUAGAUAUAAUAUCAAUUUUUGCUCUAUCCACCUCUAAACCCUUUUCACUCACAAUAUGACCCAACACAACUCCCUCUUUAACCAUAAAAUGUGAUUUCUCCCAACUCAAAACUAAUUUUUUCUCUAUGCAUUUCUCAAGUACAUGCUGUAAAUGAUUUAAGCAUUCAUCAAAUGAUUCACCAAAAACAGAAAAAUCGUCCAUAAAAAUUUCUAUGCAUUUUCCAAUCAUAUCAGAAAAAAUAGAUAGCAUACAUCUUUGAAAUGUGGCUGGAGCAUUACACAGACCAAAAGGCAUGCAUUUAAAAGCAAAAGAACCAAAUGGACAAGUGAAAGUUGUUUUUUCUUGAUCUAAAGGGUUUAUUUAAAUUUGAUUAUAACCAGAGUAUUCAUCCAGAAAACAAAAAAGUUUUUUUCCAGCUAAUUUUUCUAGAAUUUGAUCAGUAAAUGGUAGGGGAAAAUGAUCUUUUCUAGUAACUGAAUUUAAUUUUCUAUAAUCAAUGCAAACUCUCCAACCGGUAGUUAGUCUUGUUUGUAUUUCCUCCCCAUUUUCGUUUUUUAUAACCGUGAUCCCUGAUUUUUUUGGCACUACUUGUGUAGGACUAACCCAUUUGCUAUCUAAAAUAGGGUAAAUAAUAUCAGCAGCCAGCCACUUUAAAAUUUCUUUUUUUACAAUUUCCAUCAUGUUAGGAUUUAAUCUUCGUUAUGGUUCCCUGCUAGUUCUAGCCCCCUCCUCUAAAUAUAUACUAUGCAUGCAUACUCUCAUAUCAAUGCCCCUUAGAUCGUCCAUUUUCCAGCCCAUAGCCUUCUUAUUUUUUCGAAGUACAUCUAAUAAUUCUUCUUCCUAUUCAUUACUCAAAUCAGCUGCAAUAAUAAUAGGAAAUGAAUUAUUUUCCUCCACAAACAUAUAUUUUAAACUAGAGGGAAGAGGUUUCAACUCUAAAUUCAGAUGAUCUUCCUCUUUCUUUUCUUCUAAAUUUAUAUUCUCUAUUUCCUCUAAUUCUUCUAGCACACAGUCAUCAAUAACAUCUGGAUCAUCAAAAUCAUCUAGAAGAUCGAUGAUAUGACAAUCAUAUACUUGGGAUUUCUUAAGAUCAUUUGAUACCUCAAAAAUUUUAAUUUCUACUGAUUGAUCUCCACAUGAAAUUUUCGCAAUACCUGUGGGAAAAUCAAUAUUCAUCUUUGCUGUAUGCAAAAAUGGUCUCCCUAGGAUGAUUGGUGUAUCAUAAAACUGUCCAUUAAAAUCCAUUUCCAGCACUACAAAAUCAGCUGGAAAUUUACACCCUUUAACUGUCACUAUCACAUUUUCUAAGAUACCUUUAGGAUGUUUUAUGGAUCUAUCAGCAAAUUGUAAGGUAACAGUAGAAGGUUUAAGAUCAGAAAUAUUAAAUUUAUCACAAAUACUUGCAGGUAAUAAAUUAAUACUAGCACCGGUGUCAAGUAAUGCAUUCUGAAAAAUGAAUCCACCAAUAUCACACGAAAUUAAAGGGGCACAUGUAUCUCUCAAUUUAAAUGGUAAUUGAUUUAAUAAUAAUGCACUAGCAUGCAUAGAUAAUUUUUCUACUCUAGGUGCCCUUUUUGGUGUACACAUUUCUUUCAAAACUCUAGCAUAUUCAGGAAUAUGUUCAAUGGCAGUGAGUAAAGGAAGACUAAUUUGCACAUCUUGUAAAAUUUUCUUUAUUUCUUCAUUGUGUUCCUUUUUCUUUCUUUGUCUAGGCUCCAGAGCUUUAGGAAAUGGAAUGGUUGUCCUCUCUUUCGAAAUUUCUUUGGUAGAAUCUAUAAAAUCCUCUUCUACUCCUAUUUGAUUUUGUUUUGGGUUGUCCACAUUUUCUUUUUCUUCUAAUGUUUGGGGAUAAGGAUCAGGUAAGAUCUUACCACUCCUUAAUGCAUUCACUGUCCUAACAUUUUCAUUUUGUGGGUUUUUUCCUAGAUUCAUGCUACUAGACUCCCCAUGCUGAAAUCCUAUUGUUGGGCGGUUCCCUGGAUUUUCUAUGGGCUGACUAGGUAGCUGUCCCUCUUCUCUCUUAUUCCCAACGGCCUCUAUAAUUUGUUUCUGGUGCUGCAUCAUUUGAUUCAUAGUUUGUUGCAUCAUUUGAUUCAUAGUUUGUUGCAUCAUUUGGCUCAUUUGCUGCAUCAUUUCCAUAGCGUCAGGUUGGAUUUGAGAGGGCUGAUUUUUCUGAAAUCUAUUUUCUUGUUUUGGACGAAAUUCAGAGUUUGAAUUGGGUCUAAGUGCUUCUGGAUUUUGAAUAUUAUUUGGGUCUCUCCAUGAAAAAUUAUUCCUCCAAUUAGGAUUAUAAGAAUUUGAAAAUUUUUCCCUAUUUCUAUUAAAACCGUGAGCUACUUGCACUUGUUCUUGCAUAGGGUGAAAUGAUUUAUCUAAAUUAUAACAUUGAAGUUCAGAAUAAUCAUUUUCACCAUACAUAGGACAUGUACUAUUCGAAUUAAGUUGAGGGUUAAAAGGCUUUCUAAUAUUAUCAAUAAGUAAAUCAUUUUUUUCUAAUCUUUGAUUAAUCUGAUUAACCUCAUUUCUAAGUUUAGAAUCAUCAUCAUGAUGCAAUUCAUAAAUUCCUCUCUUCUUAUCCCUGUCAUAUAAUUCAAAAGAGGCUUGAUCUCUAGAAUUUUCACUUAAAUUCUCAUAAAGAUUGUAAAUCUCAUCAAGAGUUUUCUCCAUAAAAGCUCCUCCACAUAUAGAAUCAAUCAUAUUUCUAUGUUGUUCUAAUAAUCCAUCAUAAAAAAUUCUAUUGAGCUGCCACUUGGGUAUAGCAUGAUGAGGACACUUUCUAAGUAAAUCUUUGAAUUUUUUCCAUGUCUCAUGCAAAGUUUCUCCUGGUCUUUGAGAAAAACUCCAUAUAUGUUUUCUCAUAUUUUGAGUUUUUCCUAAGGGAUAAAAUUUUCGAAGAAAGGCCUGUUCUAUAUCUUUCCAGCUAGUUAAUUCUCUAUCCAAUGUGGAUAGCCAAUGACUAGCUUUGUCCCUAAGUGUAUGAGGGAAUAAUUUCAUCUUAAUAAUUUCCGGUGUAACUUGAGGGAAAUUAACUAAAUCACAAACCAUAUGAAAUUUUUCUAAGUGCUGAUGAGGUUCCUCUAAAGGCAAUCCAUGAAAAUUAGGGAGCAUUUGAAAAAUUACUGGAUUUAUUUCGAAUUUAACAGUGGGUGAUAAUGGGACUCUAAUAUUAGAUGCUCUUUGAAAUGAAUCAGGGAUAUAAUGAUUUUUCAUUGCCAUAGGAUUGUUCUUAGUUUGACCUGUACUUCCUUCAAGAUCCAUCAAAAUUAAUUUUUCUUUCAGAUUUUUAUUUUUGAAUGAAAUAAUGAAAGGAUUUUCUAGCCUUGGAUAUAAUGAUCUUCUACCAUGCAUAAAAAUCAAUAAAUUCGAGGGAAAAAGUUAGUAACUGUUACCCUCCUUCAGGAUGCUCCAGUCCUUGCCGUGCUUCUUUUCGUUCCCUCUUUUUAAUAAAAAUCGGUAAAAAGAAAAUAAAACAAGAAUAAAGUUUUUUUUUUUUUUUUGUGUACUCUAAGAGAAAAACAGAAAAAUACUAAAUAUUAUGCAAUACAUCCCCGGCAACGGCGCCAAAAUUUGACGUGACUCAGUCGUUGUAUGUUAAAUCACGCAAAUAUAAAAUUUAUAAAACUAGAAAAUACGAAUUUUUGGAUAUUUAGAAGUAUUUCUAAAUAAAUAUAUCAAUUAUAAUUCAAUAAAAAUUCCAAAAAUAGCGGUAAUUUUCCAGGUCGAUCACAGGGACGUAAUAUAAUAUCUGGUAAUUAUUCAGAAUUUUUCUCAAUGAGUACAAUUUUCUUAAAAACUUUAUACAAGAAAAUAAAAAGGAAAUAUAUUUAAAAUUCACGAAAAAAAAGAAAUAAGGGUGCGGACGUCAGGAUGACGUCAGCGCCAGGCGAACGCGAAUCAGGCGGAAACAGAGUUCCGCCCGGUGAUUCUUACGAAGGCGAUUAUAGACGACUCAAUUAAUCAAAUUAAGAUCUGUAAAAGCCGGAAGAAUCGUAAUUGAACGAAGUAUAGUUUGGUAAAUUAAAAUCAACAAAGUAUCACUAAAUGAAGCGUAAAUUAAAUUGAAAGUAGGGAAACAGAGUUCCGGCGUCGCGACGGCGAUGCGUCGGCGAUGCACCGAAAUCCUGAGCGUUCGGGAGGAUUGUCAUGCAGUGUCCACGGCCUCGAAGGCUCUCCUUGGACAAAGACGACGUGGGCAAUCUCUAGAUCUUCUCGCGAAGUCUAGAGAUCAAUGAAGUGGGUCGUCGAAUCGUCUCCGGCGGCUGUCACCCGGCGGAGCGGAAAAACGGCGACUUUGCGGCUCUCCGGCGGCAUUCACCCGAUGGAGAGGAGCUGGAUGGAGGUGGGGCGCAUGUUAGGGAGCUUCAUCCUCAAGUCCACGCAGCAAGAGAAGGCUCUUCAUCGCAUCUGGUACGCUCUCAGGAGGUGGCGACUGGUCUCCCGGCGGAUCGUCCUCUUCCCGACGACGGCUUGUUUGUCGAUCAAUCGGAGAUGAUUUACUCAAUGGAUUCGCGAUCCUUUUGUCGCGAAUCGUUCAGCAAUUUUAGUAGCAAUGCUCCGCGAAUCGCGUUGACGAGAUUUUCGCCGAUGAUCCAGCGAUUCUUGUUGCUUAAUCCUUCACCGGCGAUCUGCAGGAAAGUUGCGAUAAUCAGAUAAAAAUAUAUGAAUUUUGACUCUAGAAGGAUUCGAACCCGCGCCAGUCGCCCCGCCUCUUCUGAGGAAGGUGUGGGUUUAGUCCCACAUCGGUUGUACGCCGAGUUUUCGGGUGAAUAUAUAAUAUUGUUAGAUUUGUGAGCAAAGUCCCUUCUCUCGCGUGUACGACCACUCCUUGCCCCACAGCCGGCUGGCCACCGGUGACGUGGAAGGGGAGUGGUGUACGCGUGCUUGUCAGUCCCCAAGCCAAGCCGCUCGAGCCCCUACUUGCGACCUACUCCCCGACUGUGCUUCCGACCCGCUUGCGGGCACGGCGGGUCCCCCCAUUUUUGCAAUAUUUUAUUUUUAUUUCUUGUGUUUCAUUUAUCUCAAAAGUAAGACUGUAAAAAUCGUAUAAAAUCACAUAAUUACCCAAAAAUUCACGUUAAUCAAUUGAAAACCAAAAACCAUUCUUUAACACAAAUAUAAGUCUAUUUAUCAUGAGUUAAGGCUAAAACUAUAUUAUUUACUAAUUAUUAACUCAUGA